AUGGCUGGGCCGCAGCAGCAGCAACCCCCUUACCUGCAUCUGGCCGAGCUGACGGCGUCCCAGUUCCUGGAGAUCUGGAAGCACUUUGACGCAGACGGAAAUGGGUAUAUUGAAGGUAAAGAGCUAGAAAACUUUUUCCAAGAACUGGAGAAGGCAAGAAAAGGCUCUGGCAUGAUGUCAAAGAGUGACAACUUUGGGGAGAAGAUGAAGGAAUUCAUGCAGAAGUAUGACAAGAACGCAGAUGGGAAAAUCGAGAUGGCAGAGCUGGCGCAGAUCUUGCCGACCGAGGAGAACUUCCUUCUGUGCUUCAGGCAGCAUGUGGGCUCCAGCACCGAGUUUAUGGAGGCUUGGCGGAAGUAUGACACAGACAGAAGCGGCUACAUCGAAGCCAACGAGCUCAAGGGAUUCCUGUCUGACCUGCUGAAGAAGGCGAACCGACCAUAUGAUGAACCUAAGCUCCAAGAGUACACCCAAACCAUACUACGGAUGUUUGACUUGAACGGGGACGGCAAACUGGGCCUCUCGGAGAUGUCCCGACUCUUGCCUGUACAGGAAAACUUCCUGCUUAAAUUUCAGGGCAUGAAGCUGACCUCGGAGGAGUUCAACGCAAUCUUCACAUUUUACGACAAG